AUGCGCGGAAGCGGCUCGGAGAUUUCAGAGCGCGUCCGCAUCCUUAUUCGUGCGUGGGCGGAGGAGCUUUCCGUCAUGCAGAAGGGCCGCUACGACCCGGAUGCAGGUUUCCUUAUGGAGCGCUACAACAACAAGCGCUCCCGUGUCAACUUUCCGCCGGUUCCGGAGACCCCGUUGCCCUGGGUCUGUCCCGUCAGCCACGGCUCGGCGUCUUCGUCGCGGCGCGGGGGGAAGAAGGAGGAAAAACUCACCCUCACCUUGGCCGAGGUGGAGAACACCGUUAGUUUGUUUUCCAAUAUCGUCGACAACGCAAAGUCAGUCACCGACCUAAAGGACGAGGUCUGCUCCGAUAUGGCCGAGCGCUGCUUGUACAUCAAGGCAAACCUCUCCCGCAUGAGUAUGAACAUGAGCAAGGAGACUGAGCUCACGCGCGCCAUCGCUGUCAGCGAGUUGCUCGAGAAAAGUCUCACCCAAUACCGGAGCAGCUUGGAAAGCGGCCGCAUCGUCAAAAGCAUUCCAACUGUCGAUACCAUCAGUCUGCAAAGCGAGGACGAGGGAUACGGCGACCUUGACCGCCGCCAGACCUCUUCUCACAGUCUGGAUCGGUAUCAUGACUCAAGGCCUCGGGAGCUUGAACGACGUCAAAGUCGCUACACGGACGAAUCGGAUCAUUCGAGUGCCGGGGUUGUAACCUAUCCGCCAGAAGAUAAGCCGUACAAGCCCCGCGAUCGAAGCCGUUCUCCUGCUCCUCGUCGUCGUGAAUCUAGCCCUGAUCAGAGGAGGCCAUCCAACUCUUCAAUAGAAAAAAGAUCGCGUCGCGACCCGAAAAAGUCUCUGAGACGUCGGGAAAAAAGCGACAGUGACUUGGUAGAGCUUGCCAAACAAAAGGAAAAGAUGAAGAUAAAGAAAAAGAAGGCGGCAAUAGCCGCGGCCAAAAAGGACCAAGGUCUCAUCCAGCUUCCUGUCGAGGAUACAGUGUUUAGCUCAAGUUCAGACUCAGAGGAUGAGAACGCCGCCAAAGACGGGUCUACGCUUCUCGCAGAGCGCUAUGCUUCCCGCAAAGGUUCAAAAACGUCACAGUCUCAAGCUGCGUCUAGCUCUAGAUCAGUCGCCCUAAACGGGAGUUUGACAUCAGUUCCACCUACCGCGUCUGCCGCGAGUCCCGCAGUUCCUGGGAGCGCGAGCUCGGCAGGCUUUCCACCAAAUCCUGCUGCUAUGUACCAAUCUGUGGGUUCGGGAAUGGGUUACAAUCCAAUGAUGAUGGUUCCAAAUCCAUACGCCAUGUAUGGGUCUGUCAACCCUAUGCCAAUGGCUGACCCUAUGAAUAUGUAUGGGGCAUAUCAGACGGUCAAUCCAGCCAUGUACUACAACACUGUGAACCCACACAUGUAUGCCACACAUCAUAUGCAAAUGAUGCCCGGAGUGCAGCCGGGAGUUGGUCCCGCUCAUCCAAAUCCGCAAGCUAACGCGCAGUCUGCGGACGGCACCCCUUCUCCAGGUCAAUCUAGUCAAAACAUGUUCAUGCCUGCUGCUCCCCCAGCUAAUGCCCCACAGGCUGUACCUCAACCAUCAUUCCCAACCCCUUCCGAACCUCAACAAAGUGCCCCCAAUAUGACUACAGCAAAUCCCGGGACGCAAGCUGCGGCAAUGCCAAGCCAUCCGAUGGCGUCAUUUUAUUCUAGCAGUGCGGGUCAAGCCCAAAUGGGGUCUCAAGGCGGCUUUCCGUUCAUGAUGCAACCCGCAUCCGCACCUGCGCCAUUUCUGCAAACAGCGCAGACUGACAUGCCUGCGGCCCCGGAUGCCCUCACAGUUCAAAUGUCGCAGCAGAACAACCCGAAUGCUCAAGCCUUCGCUUAUCAGUCGGCGAUGCAUCAAGCGGCCGCUGCGUAUCACGCAGCGGCAGAAGCGUAUCGGAGUGUCUCUGGGCAAGCCCCGAUUGGCGCCCCGCAAGCAAAUAACUCCGGCAACCCUCCGAUGGGGCAGAACAGGGGGGGCGGUGGAGACUAAUUAUUGCAAGUAAUCGUCGCUGACGUACUUCCGCGAGGGGUAUUGUUGCGUAGGUGGCACUGGACGAAGCUCGCGGCGAAUUUGAAAGAUGAAUCUCCCUGCGUGCGUUGCGAAGUACUGAUGAAUUGCGUGACCAUCGUUUCAUGAAGCGACUCCGACGCUCUCGGUUGUCACCAUUUUUCUGGCAAAGAACCGCUGUUGCAACUUGCGAAAAGAUAAUUGAAGGAAUUGAAGGAAUCAGCCCAUUCCGCAAAGUUUGUAGUCUCAAACUGAUUAUGGAAUUUAUUAUCUACAGUCUCCUUGGUGGGGCGGAAGUAUGAACUUAAAACUCCUCAGUAAAAGAGAGAAAAAGUAUGUAACUGUCCAGUCGAGUUUUACUGGAGUAGUUUCGCUCGA